AUGUGUGUCGGGGCGGUAGCAAAAUGUGCCCGUUGCAUCUCUGGUACUCUGUACCCGUUAAUCCUCAUAUCCAUCAUCUGUAACAUUCUGCUGUUCUUUCCCGGCUGGGACGUCAAGUACAGCAAAGAUGGACACAUCACCGCGGAGGUGAAGUACCUGGGGGGAAUCCUCGGAGGGGGUGUACUGGUGUUAAUCUCAGGUCUGUACAUCCAGCUGGCUGGAAACCAGAGGUGCUGCCACGGUCGCAUUAAGAUGUUUGUAUCGGUGUUGUUCGCUGCAGUGGGCCUGGUCGGCGCCCUCUACAGCUUCCUCGUAGCAGCACUCGGUCUGACUAACGGGCCCCUCUGCAAGGUCCAGGGCGAGUGGACCACACCUUUUAAAAACAGUACCGCGUCCUACCUGUCCGACUACAAGUCCUGGAGCGAGUGCAUUGAGCCCAAAAACGUGGUGAAGUUCAACAUCGCACUGUUCGUGGCUCUGAUGGCCAUCGGCUGCCUGCAGAUGAUACUGUGUGCCGUUCAGAUCCUCAACGGACUGAUUGGCUGCAUCUUCGGAACCAGCGGGAUUGAAGACGUUGAAGACCCGGCGUAA